AUGUCAGACGACGCCGGUAUCGACAUAAGCCAGCUCUCAGCUGAGCAACAAGAAGCCCUUGAGCAAUACACGGCGGUGACGGCGCAAGAAGUCAAAGAUGCCGUGCCACUACUCCAGAGGUCGCAAUGGAACGUACAAAUAGCCAUUGCCAAGUUCUUUGACGGUGAAGGUCCUGAUCCAUUAGCCGAGGCCAUCGCCGCCCAGGACUCGAUACCACCACCCGUCGCAGCACGGCAUGAGAACCUGCAGGAGUCCUUUCUGGCUGAUGCCUCACCUUUUGGACUACCAGCGUCCCGACGAAACCGACCGAACCCGGCUCCCCGAGUUGUACCCCCACCGGUAACGACACAUAACCCGCCGCUGCUGCUCGCGAUCGUCUUUGGUCCCUUCCACCUGGGCUACCGUGCUCUCUCAACUUUGUUCCGCACCUUCGUCUACAUUCUUUCUUUUCUUCCCGCGCCGAUUCGUCCGCGUGCCAUCACCACGAGCGUGACAUCAGGCUGGAAGGGCACGGCUGGGCGGCGUAUGCUGCUGCCGCGGGAUACUGCGGCGCGGUUCAGACGUGAAUUCGAGGAAGAAUAUGGGCCCGAGACGGGUCUGCCGUUUAUCGAGUCCGGUUUUGCACAGGCGCUCGACACCGCCAAGCGCGACCUCAAAUUUUUACUUAUUGUGCUCAUGUCGCCCGAGCAUGACGACACUGAAUCCUUUACGCGCGAGACUCUGCUCGCGCCCGAUGUGCGCAGCUUCCUCGCCGAUCCAGCCAACGACAUACUACUAUGGGGUGGCAACGUGCUCGACUCGGAAGCAUAUCAGGUGGCCCAGGAGUAUAAUGCGACCAAGUUCCCUUUCUCAUGCCUCAUUUGCCUCACCCCCAAAGAGGGCAGCACCCGCAUGAGCAUCGUCAAGCGCCUUGUCGGACCUGUCUCGAGCUCUACAUAUCUGGCCGAGAUUCAGUCGGCUAUCAACAAGUAUUCGCCAGAUCUGGCGGCUGCGCGUGCCGAGCGCACUGCCAAUGAGGCCGCACGCAAUGUCCGCGCCGAGCAGGACAGUGCAUAUGAGCGUAGCUUAGCCGUGGACCGUGAGAGGGCGCGCCAGAAGAAGGAAGCCGAGGCCGCAGCGAGGGAUGCUGAAAAGCGGGCUCUCGAAGAAGCGGCGGCAGCGGAGCGAAGAGCUCAGCAAAAAGAGCAGUGGCGGAGAUGGCGCGUUACCAAGAUCGUUCCUGAACCAGACGCCAGCGUCAAGGAGGUGGUGCGUCUGGCCCUCAAGAUGCCCGAGGACUCGGGGGUCGGCCGCAUCGUACGGCGAUUCGCAGCUUCUACGACAGUCGAGGAAUUGUAUGCAUUCGUGGAGUGUUACGAUCUGCUUUCUAGUUCAGAAGAGAUUGACGAGGACCGAGAGGAGCCAGAGGGCUACAAGCAUGAAUACGCCUUCAGGAUCGCUGGGCUCAUGCCAAGGAUUGUAUAUGAACCGGAUAGCACUGCAACAUUAGGGGAGAAGAUAGGAAGGAGUGGAAAUCUAAUAGUCGAGAGCAUCGUGGAUGAGGAUGAGGACGGAGAUGCAGACGAAGAUUGA